AUGCACCAAGGAGAGACUCAUUUCAAGCUCUACUCCUCCCCUGCUUCACAAUGGGCAGGUGUACCUCUGCUCGGCCUCGUGGAGAAGGGCUACAAUGAAAAAGAGUAUGAAGUUGAAAAUAUUGAUCUGAUGGGUGCCGGAAAUUUCCAUCCCGACUAUGUCCAGAUCAAUCGAAACGGGACUAUCCCCUCCUUGACGAGCGCUUCGCUUGAACAGCCUCUCAUCGAAAGUGCGGACAUCCUUGUUUAUCUCAACGACUCUCGACCAUCCGGCUUGGACCUGGCAGCCAAGGAUGAUGCCACGGCUCGUGCGGUCAAGCAGCUCGUCGACCUCGUCCACAGUCCUGAAGUUAGCACCAAUAUCAUUCUCCUGAUGGCCCGCGACGCCGAGGAGAUGCAGGCCAAGCAGAACGGUCCGUUCAACGACUUCCUCCGCAAACGCCAGGAUACGCUGGAGAAGUACCACAAAGAAAUCCCCGACAGCGACUUCUACUCUGCGCGUCGCCACAUGAAUGGUGCGAUUUAUCACCAUUACGUCUCCUCCGAUGGCCACUCGGAGUUCUUCCAGCAGAGCCAGGACGCUUACCGCGGUUUCGCAGCCGGUAUGGACAAGCUGGAGUCUCUCAUUGUUCUGCCCUAUGCGGCGGGGUCCAAGUUGACGUUUGCGGAUCUCCACAUUGUGCCAUGGCUGGCUCAUGCUAUGUUCGGUGCGGGCGCUAAAGAGUUGGACGACUUUGGCAGCUUGGAGGAUCUGAUCCGGAAGACGGUGCCUGAUUUCAAGGUCGGUCCUAAGACGAGGGAGUGGUGGGGUCAUAUGAUGAAGCGGGAGUCGUUCAAGAAGGUAUAUCCCUUCCUGCAUUGA